AUGACCUCUACCGCAGCCAAAGUUCUCAAGACCUCUACUGCAGCCGAAGUUCUCAAGAACUAUAUUCCAGCCGAAGUUUUUAAAGCUGCUACACUCCAACAACUUGAUGAUAAAAUUGAUGGAAUAGUUAAAAGUAUAGACUUUAUGAAAUCGCAAAUGAGUAAGAAAGGUGAUUUCCAGGUGAAUAAGAUUGAUCCAAGUGAAAUAAUCGGUCCUUAUGGUGAUGUCAAUGCGAAUAAGAUUGAUCCGAGCGAAAUAAUCGAUCCUUAUCCUUAUCCUCUU